AUGAUUCUCUUGGAGUCUCACAACGUCAUCAUCCAGGAUGUCCUCUCCGACCGUUUCGAGAGGCCAUCGCGUGCGGACAUUCAGUUCGUUGACUUUGACAGCGUGCGCUUCCGCAUCUCGACUCCAGAGGCCAAGACCGUCCUCCACCUCUCGAUGGGCAUCCAGUGCUGGCCCGACCUCGCAAAGUACGGCGCUCGCGAGAGCCUCGAGAAGGAAUAUGCGGGUUACAUUCUCCCCGAGGCGCAGACCGAGGCCGAGUACAAUGUGUCGUUGAGCAUCGACCUGGAGCGGCUCCCUGCAACGCCCGAGGAGCGUAGCGAUUUGAUCCGUCACAUCUCUCUGAUCAAGCGUAACGCCCUCGCGGCUCCCUUCAAUGCUGCGUUCGAGGAGCAGAAGUCUCUCCAAGCAAACUACAAGGACGCAGCAGGGGCGCAGAUGGCCGAUGCGCAGCAGCAGGAGACCAAGGGCGAGCUCAAGACGAUCAACUACCGUGACGGCGAGGCCAUCUUUGUGCGCGCGUCCCACGACCGGGUCACCGUCAUCUUUUCGACAGUCUUCAAGGAGGAGACGGACCGCAUCUUUGGUCGCGUGUUCCUUCAGGAGUUCUACGAUGCGCGCAAGCUCCAGUCCUUGCAGAGCGCGCCGCAGGUCACAUACUCGAACCGCGAGCCGCCGCUUGAGAUUCGUCACAUUCCGGGGCUGAAGAGGCAUGAGAACGUUGGAUACGUCACUUUCAUCUUGGCACCUCGCCACUUCGCCAGCCCAGCUCAAGCUUUCUCGACCAUCUCCCACAUCCAGCUCUUCCGCGACUACCUGCAUUACCACAUCAAGUGCUCCAAGGCGUACAUGCAGUCGCGCAUGCGCUUCCGCGUUGCUGAGUUCCUCAAGGUUCUUAACCGCGCCAAGCCGGAGCCAGAGGAGAGGGAGCGUAGGACCGUUACGGGGCGCACCUUCCGCUCGCGCUAA